UAAUUUAAGGAUGAUGAGCGCUCAGAUAAUACGACUUAAAUCUAUUUCUACACCGUGACAGACGGGAUUAAGCUCACGUGCGAGUCUCUUGACUUUCUUUAUAAUAAUAAUAUUAUUUUCAAGUAAUUAUUUUGUAUCGGAAAGAAACAUGAUGGAUUAUUAACGACUGGAUAUCCUUGGAUCAAACUGUUGAGGUCGCGCCCAAACUUUAUUAUACAACAGGUGGCUUUAUGCUGAAGAUAACGACUCGUUCAGGAUGAGACUGUGGACUUUACUUGUCAUCAUCCCGGUGUGCGCAUCAUCUCCUCUGCCAGCCGAAACGUCUAAAUCCAAAGCUCCAGCUGUGGAGAGCCGCUGCUCCGGCCGAGCCUGCAACCCCCGCAUGGGCAACCUGGCCCGGGGCAGAACGCUGAGCACCCACUCGGUCUGCGGCUCCAACUUCUCGGAGCCCUACUGCGUCUUCAGAGAGCCUGCUUCUCCCCGGAGCAGGGAGUCCUGCUCUGCGGCAAAAUGCAGCAAGUGCAACUCUGCCAACCCCGUCCAGGCGCACCCUCCCUCGGCCAUGAGCGACUCCUCUUUCCGCUACCCGAACACCUGGUGGCAGUCGGCCGAGGGGGUGAAGGAGGAAACGCUCCAGCUCGACCUGGAGACGGAGUUCCUCCUCACCCAUCUCAUCCUGGUGUUUCGCUCACCCCGCCCGGCUGCCAUGGUGCUGGAGCGCUCCCAGGACCGGGGGCUCAGGUGGAAGGCCCUCAGGUAUUUUGCCAGAGACUGUGAGGAGGCGUUCGGCCUGGCAGAGGGGUCGCCCGUCGGGGAGAGCGGAGCGACUUGCACCUCCAAGUAUUCAGGAGCUUCCCCUUGUACCAGAGGAGAGGUGAUCUAUCGAGCUCUGUCGCCAUGGCACUCAGUGGAUCCGUAUGGACCAGCCGCCCAGGACCAGCUCAUGAUCACCAACCUCAGAGUCCGUCUGCUGCAGCGCCAGCAGUGUCCCUGCCAGGCCAAACAUCCCGGUGCUGCUGACCUCCCCACAGACCACUAUGCCAUCUAUGAUUUUAUUGUGAAAGGCAGCUGCCUUUGCAAUGGACAUGCUGAUCACUGUGUACCAGCCGGGGGCUACAGACCCAACCAACAGAAGACCAACAACAUGGUCCACGGCAAUUGUGUUUGCAGACACAACACAGCCGGAGACCACUGCGAGCGCUGUGCCCCCCUCUACAAUGACCAACCCUGGCAGGCUGCCAACGGCAUCACAGGGACGCCACACGAGUGCCAGAAGUGCAAGUGUAAUGGUCACGCCAAGAGCUGUCACUUCAGUCGUGGAUUGUGGCUAGCGGCAGGACGGCGGAGUGGAGGCGUGUGUGACGACUGCGACCACAACACAGAGGGCCGUCACUGCCAGAACUGUAGGAGGGGCUUCUUCAGAGACCCCAGCCGACCAAAAACUGCCACCGACUCCUGCAAAGCCUGUUCCUGCCACCCUGUGGGCUCUGUCCUCUCAGGAGGUAGCACUCUCUGUAACCCCAGCAGCGGGGAGUGCACUUGUAAGCCCGGUGUUGGAGGCCCCCGCUGUGACAGCUGCAUGCUGGGAUACUGGGGGCUUCACGAAUACGGCUGCCGUCCGUGUGACUGCACAGGGGACUGUGACCCCUACACCGGUGACUGCAUUUCUGGCUCAGAUGUGGAGGUCUUCUAUACAGCCACCGGCCACAUGGGACACAGCAGCAAUAAUAGUGAGACGGCACUCUUUAGGCUAGAGGAGCUUUUCUCUGCACUGCACCACUCCGAGAAAUGUGAGUGUGUAGAAGUUACACUUGGCAACACGAAACUCUUCUGUGCUGCGGAGUAUGACUAUGUGCUGGUGGUGAAGGUAAUGUCAGCUCACGAUAAAGGCUCCCAUGCAGAGGUGGAGGUCAAGGUCAAGAAAGUCUUGUACCAGAACCCCCGGAUGAAGCUCCAGAGGGGAAGCGUCACCCUUUACCCAGAAUCCUGGACCAUCCAAGGCUGUACCUGUCCCAUCCUCAACCCAGGAUCUGAAUAUGUCGUGGCUGGUCAUGAAGACUGGCAGACUGGCCGACUGAUGAUCAACACCAAGAGCCUGAUUAAAGCGUGGAGGUCAACCCUGGGAAGUAAAAUUCUCCACAUCCUCAGAACAGACUGUGGCCGCCGGUAGAGCAUCGGCAAAAAUCACAGAGGGAAUGCAGAGGUGGAGGAUGAUCUGUGACAUACCGGAGUGUGCAGAAUGAACAGAGCAUCUGUUUGAAAUAGGCAUUGCUUUGACACUAAAAUGAAAGCAAAAUCUAAUGCCUACUACAGGGAUUUGACUGAUUGUUCUGUGCCUCAAGCGGAGUGCACAUCCUCAGGAAACUGCUACAAUGCCACAGUGCUGUGGUUGUUAGCCUGAGGUAGAAAUAGGCACAAAACCUCACAUGACUGCAGUCACUUAAGAGUCAAAACGGAACAAAGCAAGCCAUAAAGACAUUCAUCUGAACAAAGACAAAGCUGAUGGUGGAAUUUCAUUCCUGUGUUACUGUAUAUUUUCCUGGUUAUUUAUAAACAAUAAGCAAAGCAUGUAUCACACUUUAUUUCCUGGCCAAACUUCCUGUCCGAGUUUAUGAGCCAGUCACGUCCUAAUGCAUCAAUUUCAUUGAGAGCUGUUUACUUUGAUAUCUUGCAAAGGCGCGGAGUGAAUUAUCCUUAGUCGUCUCACAGAUAUUGCCGAUAAAUCAUGAAUGAAGUCAACAGCUGAAUGUGUGUGAGUGUGGAUGUGUGUGUUUGCCUGAUGUCCUUGGCAGAGAGUCGGGGACUGUGCAGGUCAGAACAAGCAACUCCUGGAUGAGAGGAAAGGAUGGAAAAAAUACAUUAAAGGAAUCAGAAGGCUUAAUCUGAACAGCUCUGCUCAGCGCCGGAAAAACUCGCCAGCCUGCUGUCUGACGAGAGCAAAACACACUCUACUCCCACCAUCUCAGGCACUGGUGUACAUACAACCGGGUAAAACACUUUUUUUUGCUCUCACAGCUGUUUCAGCUACAAGAGUGUGUCAUUGUCGGGUUGCUCCUCAGAUUCUGUGAGGAUUUUUUUGCUGUCCUCGAUCGACCUGCUUCCUUGUGAGGAGGUUUCACUUAAGAAGGCAUCUCCAAACGCGACCCUGUGGGAGCCAGUGUGUUUGUUUGUUUGUUUGUGUGUGUGAGAAAGAGCACACACUCUUAACAUAUGCUCCCCUUUUUGCCCUGUGACUCCGGCCGCCCCAAAAUAAACAUGUAUUAAAAGCCCAUUGACAUCACAGUGUAUCAGAUCCAGAGUCCACAGGCACAUUUUUGAGCCGGGCCCAGUUAAGAAUAGGUCUGAUCCGCUGUCUCCAAGGAGAAGGACAAACUCUGUGAGGAGACAUGGUGCAUUCCUCAAACGUGACAUCAACGCUCAUGUCCUUGUCCCAAAGACUUUAACAAAAUAAGAGAAAUGGGCUGAAUUUUUUUGUAAAGGACAAAGUGGUGAUUUAAGGGGCUUGAAUGUACUCUGCCAUCAAUGUGAUAUUUCUAUUGCUAUUUCUGUGUGUCCUAUAUUGUUUUCUUUCCAUCUAGACUGCAUAAACGACCAGUCGGUGUGCUCAUUCUUAACGCUUCAGGGAAAAGUGUGUUUGUUUCCAUGGUGGCAUUAUGUUAGAGCACAAGACUAUGAAUAGCCUGAUGUGUCUUACUGUCAUAUCCUCACUAGUGCAGGUGGCUGACUGAUGUUUGACCCAUGUUUUAGUA